GCAUUUUGCAGUCUUUGUGGAGUUUGAUUUCUCACUCGGAUGGUUUCAUGAUAGCGAGGGGCUAUUUUCUUAAAGGUUUAAUGGCUCUGCUUUAAUUAUGUGUACAGGUUGCGAGUUCUUUUAGCUAAGUUGUGGGAGUGGUUGGGCUUCUUUGCAGCAGCUUCCUCCUCCAAGCUUUUCCAGCUGAGUUUUCAAAUCUGGGCUCGUGUGUGCAAAUAUUCCUUAACUAAAACGCCUCUGCUUUCUUCGGACGCUGUCCCCGGCCACGGAACGACGGCUUGAAUGGUUCUUAAUGGUGCUGCGCGUUCCUCGCUGGCGAAAUGGGCUUUUUUUGGGGGGGGGGGACACUUUGGCAGGACAGGCGACUGCAGGAGCGGGAGUUAUUCUAGAAUGGUGUGUUCAUCCGACCGAGCCGCACUGCAAAGAAUGGGAAAUAUUGCAUGCGUUUUGUGGUGCAAAUCCGAAGUAAUUAUGGAAACUGUAAAUCGCUAAGCUCAGGAAGAGGUGCAGUAAAGCUGGUUCGGGAUUAGUUUGUUACACUGAAAUCCUGACUCUGUACUGUAACAGGGAAGCGGCCGUUCUCCCGACUCUAAAUCAUGCCUCUUUGCCUUGGGCAGUUUAAGCCCACCUUUCGGGUUAAGCACCUUUGCCUCUGUUCAUCCGGGUGAACUGCGAUCUCACGCGAAAGUCUUGCCCCAGGGUGACGGGUGCCCUUGGUGCCGGCCCGCCCGCGCCGCAUCUCCUCUCCCUACCUGUCCGAGAAACAUUGCUCGCUGACAUCAUGGAAACACCCGACGGCUGCCCGGGAAAGCGCGAGCGAACGCCGCCUUGGCGCUGAUCCGUCCGGAGAUUCCCCUUGGUCAGCGCCGCUGUCAAUCAACCGAGACGAUUCUUUGCCCUCUCCGGAACCUCCCUGGGAGGAACCAAGCUGGGUCUGGCCGAGAUGCUCCGCCCCUUUCUCGCCGCCAAAUGGGAGUAGCAGGGAGCAGGCAGGUAGAGCAGCUUAUAGGGUGCAUCUUUGUGUUUGUCGCUCCCGCCCGCCUCGUCGCGGCUGUCUGCCUGUCAGUGGCUUCUCUGACUCCUGGCUGUGCUUUGGCAGGUUGCUCAGAGGUGAGGAAAAGCCGCUUGGAUCUCGCUCCCUCCAAGCCCUGCCUGCGGUGGGGGCACAACCGCAGCUCGGAAGAGCUUACUUUAUAGCCCGACUGAUGCUUGCGAUCGCUGUCAAUUCCCAGGAAUUUCCUUUGAGCACCACCCUUGGGAUGCAUUUGGAGAUGCGAUGACUCUUGCCUUUCUCUCCCAUGUCUUCUCGUUUUGUCGCUGAAAGAAGAAACUCUUUCGGAGACCAUGACUGAAGAAAAGAAUCUCGGUGUGUCUCAGAAAGUCUUGUCGCCUUCAAGAAGUACUAGUAGCUGCUCCUCUAAGCAGGGGAGUAGGCAGGACAGCUGGGAAAUUGUAGAAGGACUGCGGGGAGCCAUGAAUUACACGCAGGAACCACAGAAACAGGAAGGCUACCUGCUGAAAAAGAGGAAAUGGCCUCUGAAAGGUUGGCACAAGAGAUGCUUCUUUCUGGAUAAAGGGAUUUUGAAGUAUGCAAAGAGCCCAGCUGACAUAGCACGAGGGAAGCUGCAUGGGUGUAUAGAUGUUGGGCUUUCGGUGAUGUCCGUGAAGAAGUCAACAAAAUGUAUAGAUUUGGAUACAGAAGAACACAUUUAUCAUUUAAAGGCAAAAUCUCAGGAAGUCUUUGAUGAAUGGGUAGCAAAGCUACGCCAUCAUAGAAUGUAUCGUCAAAAUGAAAUUUCCAUGUUUCCGCAUGACAUCAACAACCAUUUCUUUCCAGCAUCGGCUUCUGUUACAGACUCCGUAACAGGCUUUCUGGAAUCCACGGCAAGCAGAAAGCGAGGCAGCAUGACUCAGCAGAAUUCAUUGCAGACUGGAAGUAGUUUGUCAUUCUCCUGCUCAAACAAUGACUCAAGGAUCCCACCUUGGCUGCAGUCUUCGGAGGAUAUGGAAAGAUGUUCAAAAGACCUCUCCCACUGUCAUAACUAUCUGUUGGAAAUGAGCCAGCUUCUGCAAAGCAUGGAAGUUCUCCACAGGACAUACUCAGCACCUGCCAUAAAUGCCAUGCAGGGCAUCCCCUUUGAAAGUCCUAAAAAGGAAAAAAGAACACACCGGAGGUGGCGCUCCCGAGGUCUUAGUAAAGAUGCGAAAGGAAUGUUGCAGGUCCCAACUGUUCUUUCUGGUCCAUUGAGACUGCACGCUUCCAACCCCAAUUUGUCCACGUUAGAUUUUGGCGAAGAGAAAAUUUACUCUAAUGGUUCCGAAACAACAUCGGAAUUCUCUAAAAUGCAAGAGGACUUGUGUCACAUAGCACACAAAGUGUACUUCACCUUAAAGUCGGCUUUCAGUGCAAUCUCGACGGAGAGAGAGAAGCUGCAGCAGAUGUUUGAACAUGAUUCGGCCUCAUCUCCAUCUGCGCAAAUAGCUGGACUGAAGAAUGCCUUAUCAUCUGCCAUAGCACAAAACACAGAUCUUAAAGACCGGUUACGCAGAAUACAUGCCGAAUCUGUGCUUCUUGAUUCAGCAGCUAAUGCAAAAUCCAGCCCUGAUUUGGCAAAGGAAAUCUCGGACGACGAGAACAGGGGUCUAGUUCACCAGCUUUCCAACGAAAGUCGGCUGUCUAUAACGGAUUCGCUCACCGAGUUUUUUGAUGCUCAGGAAGUCUUGCUGUCUGCCAGCUCUUCAGAAAACGAGGUAUCUGAUGAUGAUUCAUAUGCCAGUGAUGUGAGUGAUAACAUCUCCGAAGACAACCUAAGUAACGACAUAGAGAAUGAAAGGCAAACCCUCGACAGUGUUCCCGACGACAGCUUGGAAUGCCAUUCCAAGCGGAGGACGUGUCUGCCGGCUCCGUGUCCCAACACUAGUAACAUCAGCCUCUGGAACAUUUUGCGGAACAACAUCGGGAAAGACCUCUCCAAGGUGGCCAUGCCAGUGGAGCUGAACGAACCGCUGAACACUUUGCAGCGUCUCUGUGAGGAAUUGGAGUACAGCGAGUUGUUGGAUAAAGCGGCACGUACGCCCAACCUGUUUGAGAGGAUGGUAUACGUGGCUGCUUUUGCCGUAUCGGCUUAUGCAUCUAGUUACUACAGAGCUGGAAGUAAGCCAUUUAAUCCUGUGCUUGGAGAAACCUACGAAUGUAUCCGAGAAGAUAAAGGCUUUCAGUUUUUUGCUGAACAGGUCAGUCAUCACCCACCUAUAUCUGCAUGUCAUGCUGAAUCUGAUAACUUUGUGUUUUGGCAAGAUAUCAGAUGGAAAAACAAAUUCUGGGGGAAAUCCAUGGAAAUUGUGCCAGUUGGUACAACACAUGUAAUUUUGCCAGCCUAUAAGGACCAUUAUGAAUGGAAUAAGGUGACAUCUUGCAUUCAUAAUAUAUUAAGUGGACAGCGGUGGAUAGAACACUAUGGGGAGAUCAUAAUCAAGAAUCUGAAUGACCACAGCUGUCUCUGCAAACUUACUUUUGUAAAGACAAAAUACUGGAAUCACAAUGUACAUGAGAUUGAAGGAAAUGUUUUGGACAAAAAUGGGAAAGUAGUACAUCGUAUUUUUGGGAAAUGGCAUGAGAAUAUAUACUGCGGAACACCAUCUUCGCCAAAGUACAUCUGGAGAGCAAAUCCAAUGCCAAAAGAUUAUGAACAGUGGUAUGGUUUCACACAGUUUGCAUUAGAAUUAAAUGAACUGGACCCGCUCACUAGGCCUCUGUUACCAUCUACUGACACCCGAUUUAGACCAGACCAAAGGCUCCUAGAGGAAGGGAAUAUUGAAGGAGCAGAAAUACAAAAACAAAGGAUUGAGCAGCUACAGAGAGAGCGGCGGAAAGUUCUAGAAGAAAACAAUAUGGAGCAUCAGCCUAGAUUUUUCAGGAAAUCUGAAGAUGACUCCUGGCUCAGCAAUGGAACUUAUCUAGAACUUAGAAAAAACCCUGGCUUUUCCAAGGUGGAUAAUGCUGUCUUAUGGUGAAAAAAAGAGGAAAUACGAAAAGGACAUUGUAGCUGCUAUUUCUCUGAUUAUGGAAAUGCUGCGUUUCACCAUAACCUUCUAGACUCCUGCUUGAUUUAGAUUUUUGACAAGCACAUUUACGUUAUUCUGUUUGUCUUCUGCUAUUUUGAUAGUAACCACGAUUUAUUUGAAUGUACAAAAAAACUCUAAUUUUCUUUACAUAUAUAUUUAAUAAAUGAUGGUUGAAUGUUAUUUCUGAAAGAGGGGGUGGGGUGGGGAAGAGAGAAGCUUUAACACUAUUUUUUUUUCCAAAGGAUAAUGCAAGUUUAGAUUUAAUGCCUUAUUGAGUUCUGUGAUAAACAGUAUUGGCCAGGAACCUUCAGCUGCACUAUAGUAACUGAAUGGAGGCAGCUGAUCCCACCCCCCAAGAUGUCAGUAAGCUAACCAAAGUCAGAGUGAGUGUGUUUCUGUCUCUUGCCUGGGGUUCCAUCUCAGUGACUGAUCUUUUUGGAAUCUUAUUUUGUAGUUUGGAUUUGCUUUGUUUUUGAAGAGAUGGGCAGAGCAAUGCAUGCCACGAAUCUGGAGGGGGGUUGGACGAGAUGGAGGUGUUCCUUCACCCAGUUCUGCCUGGCUGUGCUGGGCACUGCUACCAUGGAGCGGCUAGCUGCACCCACCUCGACUGUGGAUGAGUGGAAGGCCCUCCUGUGGAAUCCCUGCUGGCAGUAGCUGCUAUAUAUCCCCAAAACAGGAGCAGAGCUGCAUCAGCUAAGGACCCCCUCGAUCCUCAGCCGGUGCAGCCACCAGUUACUUGUGGAAAUGGGCCCAAUCUGGGCCUCUCUGUUGUACCAGCCUGGAGCUGGUAGAGUAAGGAAGCAAAAUUGUCGUUGUCCCUGCCCUGGCUGCCAUUGGGCUCUGGAUGUGGCCAUUGGGCUGCUCUGUUUAGCCCUUCUGUUUCAACCUGCUCGUGGUUUGGAUUGCUCCUGUUCUUUUUACUCCAUUAGGUAACCUAUUCCAAGAAAUAGCAUUGAUGGUUCUAUUGCCUUACAAGCAAGCAAAUGGGCACAGUCACCUAGGAACUUCUCUUAUGCCUUGUUGACCUUUACGGAAGCUGGACCAAUGCAGACUUCAGCAGGGCUCGCACAGUGGAAGUUCCAAGUAGAACAUGUCCCAGAUUUGUACAGUGUGUGUAUAUGAACCGUGCUGUGUAGACUGAACUUUUGAGGCACAGUCCAACCAAAGUUAGCUAUGGCUUUAUUCAUAUUAAAAUCCAAUAGAGAAGCUGUUAGUUGAGAGCAGCUACCUUUUCUCAGAAAGUACCAUUUGGUUAAAUGCAAUAUAGUGGUACUCCUAAACAGAGCUUGUGGGUAAAAAAUAUAUAUGACCAAAUGGAAAAGAAAGAUGGUUUUCUUUUGGGCUGACAAUAUCUUUACAGAGCAUGAACUCUUUAUUUCACGAUUCUGGUUUGUUUUUAAUAAGAAGAUCCUGCUAGACAAUUUUUUUAAAAGCCCUCCUUUUUAACUGUUUGCAAAGUAACUAAUUGUGAUUAAGAGACAGGUGUUUUCUGAAAUAAGAUUUCGGUAUUUUCUACCUCUUCUGAGCAGCACAUUUAUUAUCUUGUAUUAUUAAAAAAAACCAUCUGCCUUAGAUACAAUGUAUGGAAUAUAUGCUCUUCCUUUACCUGUUUAGUGUUUUAAGGUAAAUUUUUGUCUUGCACUAAAAUGGUUAUGUUUUUCCUAUAUCCUCUCUAUGUAUUCUAAUAUCUUCAUGAGCAUAUUUAGCAUGUUGAAGAAGGAAUCCAAAGUAGACAAAACAGCACUUUGGAAUGUAGGUGGCAGUCUUGUUUGUUUUGUUAAAUCACAGAUUUAAUAUCAUGAUAAACAGGAAACGCGUGUGCAGAAAAUUAGUCUGAAACACAUACUUCUAUAAGCUUUCAGGUCCAUUGCCUACAAAUUGAUGGGAGAGUGGUCCUGGUUUACAGUGUUGAAUGGUACCUUCUGUAAAUUAGUAAAGCAUUCUUUCUUCAUCUUAGUAUGUAGUACAUGUCUUGCAUCCAAGUGCUGUGAACAGAAGUAAAAUACAUUAAUUUGAAUAUGUGUACGGAGCUUUUCCAUGUGUGAGCUGCCCCAAAUCACUUAUGGCAAAGGGAGCAGCUCUAUACAAGCAUUUUGUCCCAAAUGGUUUAGAGCUGUUCCUUCUAAUAAGCAAACAGGUUCGGGCAGGGUUUUGCCUGCGUACUGUAUAGCGCACAACUAGAUCAUAACUAAUUUAAAUAGACACAAGAUGCAUGAGGACGAGCAUUCGCAACGGCACAAGCACACCAUCAUACAAAACUAAAGCUAACAUAGUUAACCAGUCUGUUCUGCAGAUGCACAUUGAUGGAGUGGCAAAAUAGAAAAAGUUAAUGACCUUCUGAACUCUUCCAUUUAUAUAUGCCUAAGCAGAAGGGAAACCAAAUUUUAGCAAAACUUCAUAAACUUUCCAUCUGAAGGGGGGUAGAGGGAACCCCUCAGACAUCAGUUAAUAACUUUUCCAUUUAUUUAUUUAUAAGAUAAUCCAUUACAAUAAUAUCAUGUCUAUCACUCAGCACAGCAAUUGCUUGCUGCCUCAUUAAACACAGGGUCAAACUAGGCACUAUGUUGACCCCAUAUUUGUGCCCUUAACUGCAAUGGUGUUGUUGUUUCAAAUUGGGAUUGUGGCGAGCGAGGUAAUGCCCCCCCUCCUAUACUAGAGCCCCAAUGUGAAUUGGGGGCCCUAGAUCGAUAUGGAGAUAACAUACCAAGUUUUUCAUUCAUAUAAAGCAAUGGCAAUUAUUAUAACUUUUCUUCCCCACACCCUUGUAUCCACAUAGCAAUUUACUUGCAGCGUCUCAAAGAAUCCUAAAUUUUUAAUCAGCCACACUAUUCGACAGUAUCACACAAUUAUAUAUAUAUUUGCACUAAUUUACAUUUCUUGUAAUUUGUAAUUUUCUUUUGGACAAUUCCUUCUUAAAAAAUGUAAUUAUUUUCCAGACAAAUUUUUCCCAUUUUUGGACAGGUUCACUCUUUCACGUACAAUCCAUUUAUUUGUAUAUCAUCUCUGGCAUAAAUCAUAUUCCGUGCUUAACAGCCAGUUAAGAUUUGGGUAUUUAAUUUUUUCUUGCACUUUCAGAAAUGUCGCUGCUGCUUAGCUUGUUUCCUAUUGUCUUUUAUUGCUUUGUACAGUUGAAAUGCAGUUUUAAAAAAACCAAAACAUUUAAUGCAGCUUUUAAAGAAACCGAUAGAUACAAUCAUUGUUCAUGAGCCAAGAGCUUACCGUAAUGCAUGCAUUAGUCAGUUAAUGCUGGGAUAGAACUCUAGGCUCCAAUUCAAAAAGGAACAUUGCUCUGUGCAUUGCUUCAAUUUUUGUUUGCUAGAUUUUGUUUUGGUUUUUAAAAAGAAAGAUUUGCACACCCUGUGGGUCACCAUGUUCAUUUCACUGUUUUCUCGAUUGCACAUACAUAGAAUGGGGAACUGGAUGCAUGAUGAAACAGUCAUAUGGACAGUUCAUCACACACAUUGCAUCACUUAUGACAGAUAGCUUAGCAUCAUUUCAUCUGACCUUUAUCACGUUGACACAGGGCCGUAAUUUCACCUUUUACACACAUAUCAUCCAGUCUUCUGCAAAACCCAUAGCUUUUCUUUUUCAAAGGAGGGCAGAGCUCAUGAAUGCAGCAAUUGAAAUUGAGGGUUUAAUCACGUAUUUUUGUGAUCUUUUAAAUAUUUCCAGCCUGAUCACCUCUUAUUCUCCUGAGUAUAUGCAUAUGGUAAGAGGAAUUAUCAGCCCACCUCACUAGAGCUAAACGUGGCAGGUAAAUAUGCCAACAAUCACCACCACCAUAGUAAUUCUGGAUAUUAGGCAGCCUGAUUUUCCAAUAUUUGGGGGAGGAUACUCAAGUAUGGUGCAAAGCCAUGCACACAUCAUUUGGUGCUGUCUUAGCCCUUCGGAUCCAGUUAUGUAAUUGGACUGGUCCCACACCACUGAAAUUUAGAAAUAAGUACUAUAAUUUAAUUAGAAAGUCAAUACAUCUUAUAGUGGAGAAGACUGACCAGGUGAGCUAUCCUGCUGUCCAGGUAUUAAUCAUUGAUGAGCAACUUCAAGGUCUUCUCUGCUCUCCCUUCUUGUGGUUCCUAAAUCUAUAAAACAGACUUGAAUCUGACAGUCUUUCAAAUAGAGGAUUCCAUUUUGAGAAAUAGGGCAUCCUAUCAUUGGUAACCUUGUCUGGGGUGUGUUAACUGACCAUGGCUACAAUCAGGUGGGGUACAAUCAUGUAUCCAUCUAUCCCAACUCUUAUUUUUGAAUUAAAUUGUUCCGCCAUUGUCAUUAUUUUGUCAUGUUCAUUCUAUGCUUUGUUCAAAUGUACCAAGCACAGAAUCUCCUCAGUUUGGGGCUGGUGCAGAUUUGAUGUAUUGGAUAAGUAAAAGUUGGCUGCUUUUUCUACGGGUCUACAGUUUUUUCUGUUCACUAUUACCCUGUAUUACAUAAAUAUACAGAAUAGUGGAAGUUCUUUUUGUUUGGAAAAAAUAUAUAAGGGAAUUUCUUGUAUUCUCUAAACCAUCUAAAGUAGUUGAAAGAAGAAAAAUAACAGUUCAGGGUGCUGUGAAGAAGGUGGAUUGGACGGUCUCUCUCCAUACUGAAGGAUUUACUAGCUUUCUGUUGUCAAUAAAUCAUAAUUAAUGUUACUGCAUAUCUUUUUUUACUUAAAGCAACUAUUUUUUCACCUAAAUCUAAGGACAAUAAAGCUAUCAACCUUCUCUACUUUUCUCCCUAUUUAGCUGCCACAUUAAUAUAUUUCCAAAUUCUUUAAUACUGUUUUGAAUUUUUUCACACAAUCUUGUUAGACUCCUUGCAAAAAAACAAAACAAAACACCCCAACAACAAUCCUGGCCUCCUCCAGCUCCUAAUUUAGUAGAAAUUAGGUGAAAUUGUUAUCAUAACAGGCUGAUUCUUUAACAUUUUGGUUUUCAAGUUACUGUUCAGAGAUUACUUCACAUGAACGCUUGACCUGCUACAAAUAUUUCAUUAUUCAAAUGAUAAUCUCAUUUGGAUUGGGAAGGUACUUACUUAAACCUGCUGAUGGACUGUAUCAUUAUACAACGGUUGUUUUCACUGUUGCAAUAUUAUUGUCUUCCAGUUUUCUUUGUUUUUCUUUUUACACCAUCAACUUGCUAUAAAAGUUCUGGCUCAUCUUACUGUGUAACAUAUUAUGCAUUUGAUCCCCUGUAACUAGUUUAGUUAGAUGUUAAUAAAUUUUACAUCUCAAAUA